CAAGCACACCAUCUACGGCCUCCGUAAUAUCCGUAGUCCGUACGGCACUGGCACUGGACAUCGUUAAUUCCUUAAUUUUUCUUUUAAUUCUAGUUCUCGCCUAUGAUAUCAUUCCUAAAUCUGCCCCCGUUUUAAAAGGGUUUAGGCGUACCUGAACCUGACUGUUUGCCGAGCAGGGCGCAGGACCACGUGAGCAGGACACGUUCUAUGAGUUGAGUUGGUUGAGCGAGCAACAAAAAUACGCCAUAAUUUCGGGAAAGCAUGCCUACCGUUGGAGUGAAAGCGGACCUUAUCAAUGAAGCACUGGGAAAAGUAUUCUCGGAAGAAGAAUUUGCUGACCUAUGUUUCGAGUACGGACUAGAGCUGGACGAAGUGACAACCGAGAAGCAGAUGGUCUCAAAAGAGAGGGGUGAGGAAAAAUCGGACGGAGCCUCAGAGGACCUCAUCUUCAGGAUUGACAUCCCUGCAAACAGGUACGACUUGCUGUGCCUCGAGGGACUUGUGAGAGCAUUGCGCAUUUUCCGGGGAAAGGAGCCAUGUCCGCAGUACAGAGCCCUCGAUGUUGAAAGUCCACUGCGGAUGGUAGUAGAAGAAUCAACUGCUCAAGUGAGACCAUUUGUUGUGUGUGCUGUGCUGAGGGACCUGAGCUUCAGUGAGGACAGUUACAAGAGCUUCAUUGACCUCCAGGACAAACUGCAUCAGACCAUUGGAAGAAAGCGGUCACUUGUGUCAAUUGGAACGCACGACUUGGACACGAUAGAAGGUCCGUUUGUGUAUAAAGCGCUGCCUCCUUCGGACAUCCACUUUGUUCCCCUCAACGAGACGAGAGACUUUUCUGCAGCAGAGCUUAUGGAAUACUAUUCUAAGGAUAGCCAUCUACGCCAUUACUUGGCAAUAAUUUGCGAUAAGCCCGUCUACCCUGUCAUCUACGAUAGGAACGGUGUCGUCCUCUCACUGCCACCAAUUAUCAAUGGAAACCAUUCUAAAAUAACGCUGGGCACGAAAAAUGUCUUCAUUGAGAUCACCUCGACCGACCUCCAUAAAUCUGUAAUCGUCCUCGAUACGAUGGUCACCAUGUUCAGUGAGUACUGCAAGAAGCCCUUCACGGCUGAAAAAGUUGAAGUGGUCAUGCCCAACGGUCAGAGUGCUUUCUACCCAGAGCUUCGAUACAGAGAAGUGACUGCAAGAGCAAAGGAUAUGUGCAGGAUACUCGGAUUAAAACUGGAGCCUGACAACCUAGCUUCACUUUUGAGACGAAUGGGUUUGUGCGCCAAGGCAGAUGAUGACACCCUUAUUGUGACAGCUCCCCCGACUCGACACGACGUUCUCCAUGCCGUCGAUCUUGCCGAAGACACUGCUGUUGCAUAUGGCUACGGUAAUUUGCCUAUAGCAUCUCCCGCUACUUCUACUGUGGGCCAAGAACAGCCGCUGAACAAGAUGUCAGACCAGCUCCGACUCGAGCUGGCACACUGUGCUUUCACCGAGGCCCUCACUUUUGCAUUGUGCUCAAAGGAAGACCUCUCCACAAAGUUGUUAAAGCCGGAUGGAGUCGAGAAUGCCGUGCAUGUUUCAAACCCAAAGACUGUGGAGUUCCAGGUGACAAGGACCACCCUUCUACCUGGACUGCUCAAGACUGUGCAUGCUAAUCGAAAAAUGCCUCUCCCACUGAAACUGUUUGAGGUCUCUGACAUUGUAUUCAAGGAUCCCUCCACAAAUGUGCAGGCAUCCAAUCGUCGCCACCUCUGUGCCCUUCAUUAUGGCAAGACAUCUGGCUUUGAAAUAAUUCAUGGACUCCUGGAUCGUUUGAUGCAGCUCCUCCAAGUGGAUUAUCAUCUUAGCGCUUCUCAGGGGAGGUGUGCAGAAGUACUGGUCAACAGCAAGUGCAUAGGAAAGUUGGGUGUUCUCCAUCCCGAGGUUAUUGUCAAGUUCGACCUUCAACUUCCCUGUGCCAUGCUAGAGAUGGACAUUGAACCUUUUGUGUGAGCCACAAUAUCAUCUCAAAUAAUCUUCCAUAAACUCGGACAAGCAAAUGGAGAUUUAAUAUCUGACAUGACAAAUAACACACAGUAUGCGAGCACUGCAUAAAAACACAAGACUGCCUUAAUUCCAGAACUGAAGGAAAGGAAAUUCACUAGAACGAGCUCUUUUGCUUCAAUAAAUAAUGAGAGGCUGAGAAUUUGUCACAAACUCAACAACUUAUUUUUGGUCAUAAAAAAGCAGUUUUGAUUGUAUUUAUUUAAGCUGCUGAGAAUCCUCGUAGAUAAGGCAUUGUAACGCACAGUGCAAGAAAAUUAACUUUGAUUUUCACUGCUAGGUGGCACGAGAAAAGAUCCCUCUUUGGUGCACCAUUUUAGGUCCAAAUUUAUUGGCAUUUAGUAUACUCCCCUCACCACCAGGGGUGCACGCUGAAUUACGUUAAAUAUGCAGUUACGAAAAGCAGCUUUACCUUGCAAUACAGUGCAAUCGCGUCAGUUGGGCUGUGUAAUUCCAACAAGAUUGUGCGGCCGAUUCAGCAUCUGACUCGUUCAUUUAUUGCUUAUAAGAACAUUAUUUAUAAAGGCAAUACUCGUGGUUGGCAAAGCAAGUCUUGCUGGAGCCCAUGUUGAUUGAGUCGUGGCUCAAGAAACUUCUACUACAAGAUGUUUUGAUGCUUAUUUGUAAAUAAAUAUUUUGCACUCAUUCGGAACAGCUCCCUUUAGUUGAAAUUUUCAGUCCUUUUUGAGUCAGAAUUAACGGGAUUGCACUGUAUAACCUGAUUUACGUCUGGAAUGUGUUUCGUGUUAGAGGGGUAGUGAUGCCACUAAUAAAUGUAUUCUUGCGAACUAACGACUUGAUAUCGGAAGUAUGUUUUCAGAUGUAGCCAGUGGAUUCCCAAAGAUGGGAAUUUGGGGGUCAGGCCUCAUCGAGCAAAUUACUUGUAGCUUUUUGCCUGUUCCUUCUAUCGAGUGAUUGCUGCGCAAAAUUACUAUAUUUACUCGGAUAGUUAAUGCAAACAUUUUUUCCCUCGCAUAUGUAUUUCGUGUCAUAACUUUACCAAAACGGCCAUCAAACAGAAACUGCCUGUUGAUUCCACUGAACUAAAGCGUACUUGAAUAUACCCUCAAUUAACCAGACGAUCAGCCUUUGUUACGAAACUAAAAUGUUGAGUUCCCUUGACAAACUGCUAAAGCCUCGUUACCAGAUGCCCAGAUUUCCUUCGAUUCCAACUUUAUCUCCCUUGUUCUGUUCAUAGUGACACCCAUGAACCACCGCACACGGCACUGCUCUGUGUCGUCUGCAUCCGAAAAUCUGGAUGCCACUCAACAAAAAAGUCAAAAGCGCUCUAAAGCAAAUGUAAUUUGGUGUUGUAGUUUCAAAAUUGACUAAAUACCUACCAAAUGUUGUUUCCGCAUACUCGUAGUGAUAAAAAAAAAGUUUAUUGGUGCAGACAGGCAAAACGCCUGGAAGCCUCCCAAGAUUUGAUGUAUUAAGUGCCGAAGAGAUUCCAUGGGUCCAAACAGGGUAUCCCCUUCUAAUACUCUUUCCCUCGUGAUUUGCAGGUAAAACAUACAUGAUUGGGGCACCCAAUUUGGAACCUCACCCGGGAAUAUUGAGCUCUACUGCUUGACAACAAGUACUCGUUUUCCACCUGCGUUAAGGCUCCUCGAAUAGUGCACAAUGUGGGCUUUUGUGAAGAUUAAAUGUUGACUCAAACUCCGCAA